CCACACCCCUUCUAACCGGCUGAGUAGUACUCGUGAUUAUCAGUAACCUUAUCAUGUGUAAAUAUGUUGGUUGUGUAAUCAAAACUGUUAUGAAAACACACAGGUGGGUGUCUGUCGUGACUUUGCAAGCUUGUAUUCCCGGCAGGAUUUUUCUCAGUACAGUCUGGCCGCAUUAGUAACUCCUUGCCUUAGAUUUCUCAUUUAUGCUUACCUUGCAUCACCUGUUUACUGAACAGUGUACAGUUGCAUCAGUGAGAAUGAAUGUUCAGCUGCACUGCUGCUGCAGAUACAAAUCAGCCAUAGCAAACAAACCUGGGAUCAGAUUACCCGUUUACGCCCUAACAUGAACCAUAAACCAACCAUUAAAUGAGAAAAAUUAAAAGUUAUCCACAGGCGGGCGGCUUGGGAAACUAUAGGCUGAUGUUGUUACAACGCAACAGCUGGGAAUAUGCAUAUUAACGCCACCACAUUGCCACACCAAAGGGAAAUUUAAAGGACGGUCUGAAGACAACACUUCAGUACAUUCCUCAGUUCAACACUCACAGAGUCCCCUUGACAUGGAUUACUCAAUGAUGAGAGACUAUGACAUACGUUUUUACACCUGCAGCAUGUAUGCGUCUACUUCUAGGACCUCAUGCCAACCCUGUCUAACUCAACCUAAAUACACCCCUUUGCACGUACUGUAUCCAAACCGUCCAAUCACUGUACAUGUCUCCGCAACUCUGUUUUGCAGUACUGCCCAAUCACAGCUUGGGUUUGGCACCACAUUGAGGAGAGGUAGCCAUUGUCCCUCAGACUGGCCCAAUCCAGCAAUGGCAGCAGUCCCUGUGCAGUGUGUUUAUAAGCCCUCGGCCCCCGCUCCCGCUACACAGCAAGUGAAGAAGACCAGGGCCGCAGGACACUGGUAUCUCUGUUAGGCAUCCCAGCCUCUCCUUCCACCACCAGCACUUCUUCCCCACAAUGUUCAACACCACUCUGACCCCCACCACCAACUUCACUGAAAACUCUACCACCCCUGGUGGCCCCAGUGGACCUCUACCAUGGUACCAGUUCCCAGUGUGCGCUGCUUCCCCUUACGGCUUCAUUUUCUACUUUGGGGUCAAGGUGUUCAAUCUGGCAGUGGGGACGCCCUGUAACAUCCUGGUCAUCUGGCAGAUCGCCACCAGGAAAAGUGACGCGUCCACCUCUGACAUCUUUAUCUUCAACCUGGCCAUCGUGGACGCCUACUUCUGCGUAAUGACGCCCGUAGAUAUGGUCAACCGGCUGCUGCUGGAUGACAGUCGCAUUUGGUACUUUCAGAGGUUCGCAUAUGGGAUCAAGGACGUAGCCCCACUCUUUCUGGUGUGUAUCUGUCUGGACCGCUACAUGGCUGUGGUCCACCCAGUGCUCUUCACUGGUAUUCGAGACAACAAGAUGCGCAUUGGCAUCUCUGUGGUGGUCUGGGGCUUCAUUCUGGCUUACGGCCUCACCAAGUGCAUCCUGGGAGUCAUGAGCGUCAACGAGAUCUUCAGCGGUGUCAUCCUCUUUGCCUUUGCAGUCAUGCUCUUCUGCAACAUCUCCGUCAUCUGGGUCCUCAGACGUUGCGUGGCGGGAAAGGAGGUCAUGCACCCGGUGAAGAAGAAGGCCUUUAAGAUGGUGCUGAUCAUCCUGGCCAUCAUCGUGUCCAACUACCUGCCGUCCGUAGCUCUCAUGCCCUUCGUGUCCUACUACACCUUCGUGGCGUUUCGCUGCCAGAUCAGCGUCAGCGUGUUCUCCAUAAUGGAUCUGAGCAGCAGCAUAGAGCCUCUGCUCUACAUCACCAAGAUGGAGCGUGUGGGCGGCAGGUGCUGUGGAGGGAGUGUCUCUACGAAGCCACACGAUGUCAAGGUGUGAUCAAGCUUCCAUUAAACAUAAAAUAACCCAGUCUUGGAAAUGUUUUCUUUUUACAAAAUUUACAUUUAAAAAAAAAAUGUUUUAUUAAAAUUUACUUUCUCAACCUCUGCUGUACAACAAUCAAAAAAACUAAAAGCUAAUUGUAUGACAGUAUCACAGUAGCAGCUCCUUCUUCUUUCACAAACCGGUCAAAUUUGCCUCUCGAUAUACAUGUCAGUCUGCCCAUUGACAUACACUGUGCAAUAUUCUUGAUCCAAGCACAGAAUUGUAGGUGCCUCCUGGAAAUGGCUUUCUAUGGAUAUGCUGUAGCAGUAACUGCGCUGUGAGAAAUAGACAGCUGGCAACAGAGGUAUUUAGAGUAAAAGCCAGCUGGUAAGAUAGCUAAAGCUUAGCCUUAGCUAAAACUUAAUUUAUUUACAAAUUCUUCACUAGCUGUUUGUAAUUGAAAACUGUAUUCAUUUUGAGGAACCUACAUCUCGAUAAUAUAGUUUAAAAUAAAACUAAAUGUGGCAAUGGCGAAAUAACGACAAGAGAAAUAAUCCAGCAAAAUUCCUGCUGAAGCUAAUUACAUAUUUGAGAAACAUUUGAUUAACAUUACUAGACUGUAAAUAAUCAAAAGGAAGUUUAUUUUCUAAAACAAACUAGUUA